AUCAAUUUGAGAAAUAAGAGAAGAGCAGCAGAAACAGUAAGUAGCAAAAAAGGGGAUUUAGGGUUAGGGUUUUGAAGCUAAGCAUUGAUUCACUGCAAUGGAGGCUGUGGGAGAGAUUACCGAGGCUAUGAACAACGUCACCAUCAACAACUCAGAUUCACACAAGAAGAACCGAAUUCAGGUCUCGAACACCAAAAAGCCCCUCUUCUUCUACGUCAAUCUUGCCAAGAGGUAUAUGCAGCAGUACAAUGAGGUGGAGCUAUCUGCCUUAGGAAUGGCUAUUGCCACAGUUGUCACAAUUGCAGAAAUUCUCAAGAACAAUGGGCUGGCUGUUGAGAAAAAAAUCAUGACAUCAACUGUUGACAUAAAGGAUGAUUCUAGAGGGAGACCAGUCCAAAAAGCCAAGAUUGAGAUCUUGCUUGGGAAGACAGCAAAUUUCGAUGACUUGAUGGCUGCAGCUGCUGAGGAGAGGGAACUUGCAGCAGCAGCAGAGGCUGAGGAGCAAAGCUGAAAGAAGUUCCUUGUUUGAGGCUUCUUUUAAACCCUGUUUGGCUUGAAUUAUGUACUCUAACAUUGGUUAUUGAAAUAAAUUUUGCUCUAGUAUAUUUUUGAAUUGUAGAAUAUGUAUGAAGAAAGGCAUUUGUUGUAUGCAUGUAACUUCUUUUUGCUCCA